GCGAACAUAUUGAUUACAGUGGCUAUGGUGUAUUGCCAAUGGCAAUUAACGCUUCAACAUAUAUCUUAGCUUCACUUCACGAUGCUAAUGAAAUUGUCUUUCAAAAUAUCAAUACGGCAUUCAAGGCGCACACAUACAAAUUUUGCGAUGAUUGGAUGGGUAGUGAGAAACCUGAAUGGUUUCAUUAUUUUUUAUGUGGUUGGAAAGGUAUAUUAAGGCGUUUGAAUGUGCCACCGAAAGGCAUGAAUGUAUUAGUUCAUGGUACUAUACCAACAGGUGCUGGUCUUUCUAGUUCCAGUUCUGUGGUAUGCGCUGCAGCACUUGUAACACUUGCACUGCAUUCUGGGCAAGCUUUUGAUGUUAUCAAUAAGACAGAAUUUGCUGAAUUGUGUGCUGAAGUGGAGCGAUAUGUUGGUAUGGAAGGUGGCGGUAUGGAUCAAGCAAUCGAGGUUUUAGCUAAGGAAGGUUCUGCGAUGCUUAUUAAUUUCAAUCCGCUAAGAUUUUUACCAGUUACACUUCCCGAAAGUGCUCUUUUUGCUGUGAUUCAUUCCGGAGAAGCGCUUAAUAAAGCAGCCAAUUCUCAAUACAAUGAACGUGUUGUGGAGUGUCGUCUAGCAGCUCAGAUUAUAGCAAAAGUCUGUGAAUUAAAAUACUGGAAAGAAAUCCGGACAUUAGGUGAUGUUGCACAACGAUUGCGAAAGACUGCCCAGGAAAUGAUUGCUAUAGUAGAAGAAGUUUUACCCAGUCGUGUUUACACUAAGGAUAAUGCACUCAGCUUGUUAGUGAAAACAUUUAAAUUGGCACAAAGGGCAAAACAUGUCUAUAUGGAAGCUAAUCGAGUUCGUUUAUUUCAUGAAGCAUGUAAAAGUGGUAAUGUGAAAGAGAUGGGAAAAUUGAUGAAUGAUAGCCAUACUAGCUGUAAGGAACUAUUCGAGUGUUCCUGUGAUAAACUGGAUAAAGUGGUCGAAAACUGUUUGCGAAAUGGUGCAUUGGGUGCACGACUUACUGGAGCUGGUUGGGGCGGUUGUGCUGUUGCUCUUUUUGACACCAAACAACGUGAUUUGGAAGUGUUGUUUUGGAGUCGGCCUGCUGGUGGUAUACAGCUAAUAAAAUGCUAA